AUGGCCUUUGCGCAGCCUUUUGGCCAACAACAGCAGCAGUUACAGCUCGGCGGCCAUCUCUCGGCAAUCCCCAGCAGAGACCAAAGGCCUCAACAAACAUUCUAUGACUAUCAUUACGACGACGAGGACUCGCUGUUCGAGGAGAUUAACGAAUUUUAUGCCUUUAUCGAGGCAGACCAACUCGCAGAAAACCUAAAGGUCUGGCAGGGCUCGUUUGAUGGCGACUGGACAAAGGCCCCACUCCAACAGCGCAAAACACAUGUCGUCGCGCUCCUGGAAGAUUUGGAACACAAGGACAGCCUGACACGCUAUAAUGCGAGCAGGAGACUCCUCUAUCUUUUACAAGGCGCGUCUUCAUUGGUCCUCGUUGUUCGGAACACGUCUGACACGCCGAAACAGGCGCGUUUGCGGAAAGGCAUCACGAUCAUUGUCGACGCCCUCAAAAUGCUCUCGAAUCCUAACUUUAUCUCGUUUUCGACCCAUGCCCCACUCUCUCCGACGCUCAGCACAAUUGCAGACGCGGAUCUCGCCCGCAUAAACGCCGCUCCACACAUGCGCCAAUCCUGGAUUGACGAAGUCCAAGCAGAGAUUGCAAUGUGCCUCAAUAUGUUAUAUCCGAUAAUUGAAGUUUUCCGGUCCGACGAUGAAUUCGCCGAAGAGCUGAUGGGAAUGGAACCUCCACUCCCGAUUUACUUUCUCUCCCUCUUGUCCACCCUCGGCAAUCGGAGCGCAAAGAGUUACCCUGCCAAAAAGCUGCUUCUCAUCACAUGGAAGGUUCUCCUCGCCUGUUUGGGUGGCAUGAAUGAACAAGCGAGGGCCAAAGCAGUGGCACGCGAGCUCGCGGGACUUCCGCCCCUGACUGAAGCCUCUUUGAUGCUCAAGGCCACCCCUGUCGACUUGCAGACCUUUCGGGAAGAGACGUUUGUCAAGUAUCCAACUUUUUCACCCCCUCCUAUCACCGAGGCUGCCAAGGUCCCGUCGACCAAACUCGCAGAGGCUCUUACUCCUCUCCCGGUCCGUAAUCAUUACGUUCACCCAGAUCACAACGUCAACGGCGGUCUCGGCCAAGGCGACGAUCCAGCCUCUGCCAAUGCUGUCCUCAAUCCGCCUGGAUAUGGGAAUAAUGGGUUCCCGGGAGGCCCUAUGCUCGCGACCCCUGCUCCAUCUCCUCCGCCAUCCCCCAAACCAAAAAAGCAACAGUAUCAGACGGACCAAACCAAACCGUUUGUCUUCCCCUUUUCACCCGCCGCUUACGUUUCAAGUCGCCUGGUUCCGUAUGCAAUCGACGAAGCGGACACGUUGUACGCGCGACACAUGCACAUCCCCCUUGCACUCUUCCAAAUAUGGCGAACUCGUGAAGACUUUAUUCUUGACGAGAGUGGAUUAGACGCGAUGCCGGGUGACAAGGAGAGUGACGUGCGUAUGAAACGAUGGAGUGUAGUGGCGAUCAAGAAACACCUUGGGUCCGCAUCGUACGGUAGUGGUGGUCACGUUUCUAGUGCGUCAAUGGGUGGGAUUCUUGGGAGUGGGAGUAUGGAUGCUGCCAAUGAUGGCGAAGAUGAAGAGGAAACGAUUACAUGGCCGGAUUCGCAGAUUCUCGAAGAGGAGAUUGAAAAGGCCGAAAGGGAGCUGAAGAAAUUGGAUGCGGAGAUUGCAAAGGAGAUUCGGUUGCAUGGCGAGGAUGGGAUCGAUUCGGCUAAAAAGGCGGAGAGGAAGCGCGCAAAGGAACGCAGGGAUGAUCUUAUGCGAUUGCAGAGAGUUGAGAUCAUCUACGCCGCGACGUUGCCAUUCUUGAGUGGUGUUGUCGUCGUCUUGCUCAAGUUUCUCAUUGCGAUCAACAAUAUUUCUUCUGCGGCGCAAAAUGCUAGCCAGCAGAGCAAUAUAUUCGCUGGGCAACCUGAGGCUCCACCGCCUGUGGUUCACCAUACUAUGGAAGAAUUGGAUGCUCUCCGACACCGGGAGAUUAUGAUCAAAGGUCUCUCGGCUUUCAUCCUCCUCUUGCUCAAGUGGUUCAAGCGAUCCCAUAUCAUGAAGCACCACCAUCUCGCAUUUACUCUUCUCUCAGCUGCCACCCACGCACAUAUCCUGCGUCUGCUCUCAAACACCGAGGUUUCGACAUAUGUGGUGACGAAGAAUGAGGUCCCCGAGCGAACCUUCUUCCGAUAUUGUUAUGAAAAUUUCUCUCCCAAUGCGUCCCAAGUCCGAGCGGACGAGUUCCCGCUCUUCGCCCCUCGACAGGGCUCCCGUAUCACGACGAUGCCCCAUGGAAUCCAGUCAGAGGAGGAAGUGGAAAUGAUCACAGACUAUUCGUGGAGAAACUUUUUCGCCAUUAUCAACGUCCUCAAGAUCUUACAUAAAAUUACCAAGGGUAAUCCCAACAGGAUUACACAGCUCGUUCACCACAAGUCGUCGGCGAUCCUCAAGCGCAUGAUGCGAAUCUCGCACCCUUUGCUGCAGUUGCAAAUUCUCAAGCUAAUCAAAGGGCAAGUCCCAUACAGCGGUCGUAAAUGGAAGCAGUUGAACAUGAAGCUGAUUACCGCCAUCUACCUCAAUUGUCGACCAGAGCUCAGAGACGAGUGGCUUGCGACCAUGGACGUCGAAGAAGUAAAGGAUUCUCCAUCAAAUGUCGAGACGUUCCUGCGACGACUCGUUGCGUUUUACGAUUAUAAGCGGUAUGGUUACAUUCCGCCAAAGGUCAGCUCGGAUCAACAUCAGCGUUCUACCAGUAUCUCUAUGGGUGACCCACCACUCUCACCAGAGAUUCAGAUGGCGAAUCCACUUGCCAGUCCAGCGGCGUCGGACGUCUUUCCUCCGCCGCGCUCGCAAGCCGCCGACCCGUCCAUCUUCAUGCCGUAUCCGAGCGAAGAUCUGGCGUUUGAAGAAGAAUAUGAAGAAUAUCUAUUCGACUUGCACAGCUCGAGUGUGCCGCCAGACAUGGUCACGACCGACACCGCACCCGCGUGGACCGAACUCCCGAGUGAUCAGCCACUUGGUGAUGGGCUGAGUGAUGGGGAAAGUGUUGCCUCUCUGGGUGAUGAGCUCGAAGACAAGACUGGACCAGACGGCGAGACGUUGCUUCCCUCGGACACCGAGGUUGGCAAGAAUAACUGGGAGCACAUGAGCCCAAAGACGCUCGGUGCGCUGCCGAAAUCGCCGGCCAAAUCGCCUGCUGGCGGCGGACGUAGAUCGAGCUCGGGGAGCAGUUUGAGACCGGUGAUUCCGCUUGACCUGGACGAUCCAGAAGCAGGAAGCGCGCUCGAGGAUGAGGAUGAGGAACUUGAAAUGGGGCCAAUGCCUAUUGAGCGGUCGACACCGUUUGCCGUGCAAGAUAAAGGCAAAGGUGUAGAUGAAGUCGAGUAUAUGUACGGGGAAUGA